UACUUACCAUUUCCUUGUGAUGAGAGUAUUAAAAAACUUCUCUUUUAGAUAUUUUGAAAUAUACAAUGCAAUAUUGUUAAAGAUAGUCACUCCAAUAUGCAAUGGGACACCAAACUUAUUCCUCCUAUCUAGCUGUAAUUUUCUACUUAACCAAUCUCUUCCCAUUCCUCCGAAGCCUCUAGUAACCACUAUUCUACUCCGUCCUUCUAUGAGGUCAACUUUUUUUUUUUUUUUUUUGUAUUUUUAGUAGAGAGGGGGGUUUCACUAUGUUGGCCAGGCUGGUCUUGAACUCCCGACCUCAGGUGAUCUGCCUGCCUCAGCCUCCCAAAGUGCUGGGAAUACAGGCGUGAGCCACUGCACUCAGUCAUUACAUGAGAUCAACUUUCUUAGAUUCCACAAAUGGGUGAGAUCACAUGAUUUUGACCUUCUGUGCCUUAUUUUGCUUAAUGUCCUGUAGGUUCAUCUGUGUUGCUGCAAAUGACAGGGUUUCAUGCUUUUAAUGACAGUAUAUUAUUUUUCCAUUAUGUAUAUAUACUGCAUUUUCUUUUUCCAUUCAUGCGUUGAUGGACACUUAGGAAGAUUCUACGUCUUCGCUAUUAUAAAUAAUGCAGUAAACAUGGGAGUACAUAUUUCCCCCUGACAUGUUCAUUUUCUUUGCAUACAUACCCAGCAGUGAGAUUUCUGGCUCAUAUGGCACUACUUUUAAUUUUUUGAGGGGCCUCCAUGCUGUUUUCCAUAAUGGCUAGAUUAGCAUAUAUACCCACCAAGAGUGUGUAAGGGCUCCCAUUUCUCCACGUCUACAUCAUCAUUUGUUAUUUUUUGUCUUUAAAAGCAUUUUUAGAUUGAGGGGGUACAUGUGUAGGUUUGUUACAUGGGAGUUAAAACUUAAUCCUUUCUUUUUCUUUUUCAUAAACAAAGGCAGGGUCUUGCUAUGUUGCCAGGGUGGUCUUGAAUUGCCUUGACCUCCUAAAGUGCUGGAACCACAGACGUAAGCCGCUCCACCCAGCCUAAAACUUAAUCUUCUUUUAGAAAUGUGCUUUCAUAUUCAGCAUUCCAGACUUAGUACCAUCCUCCCAGGCACUUGUAUCCUCUUGUUUUCUCUCAUCCUUGGCAUCUUGUCCCAAACCGAGUCCUGUCAAUUCCACCUCUAAAAUAGAUCUGUAAUAUCUUUCCUUUUCUCUUAGCCAUCUGUAUUAGUCUGCAUUCAUGUGGCUGAUAAAGACAUGCCUGAGACUGAGAAAUUUACAAAAGAAAGAGGUUUAAUGGAUUCACAGUUCUGCGUGGCUAGGAAGGCCUCACUAUCAUGGCAGAAGGUGCAAGGCACAUCUCACAUGGCAGCAGACAAGAGAAGAGUGAGACCCAAGUGAAAGGAGUUUCCCCUAAUAAAACCAUCAGAUCUCAUGAGACUUAUAAACUACAAUGAGAACAGUGUAGGGGAAACUGCCCCCGUAAUUCAAUUAUCUCCCACUGGGUCCCUCCCACAACACAAGGGAAUUAUGGAAGCUACAAUUUGAGAUGAAAUAUCAGUGGGGACACAGCCAAAUCAUAACAUUCCAGUCCUGACACCUCCCAAAUCUCAUGUCCUCACAUUUCAAAACCAAUCAUGCCUUCCCAACAGCCCCUUGAAGUCUUUUUUUUUUUUUUUUGAGAUGGAAUCUCUCUCCAUCACUCAGGCUGGAGUGCAGUGGCUCAAUCUCAGCUCACUGCAACCUCUGCCUCCUGGGUUCAAGUAAUUCUCCUGUCUCAGCCUGCCAAGUAGCUGGGACUACAGGCACCUGCCACCACACUUGGCUAAAUUUAUCGUUGUUGUUGUUGUUGGUGGUGGUGGUUUUGAGAUGGAGUUUUGUUCUUGUUGCCCAGGCUGGAAUGCAAUGGCACAAUGAUCUCUGCUCACUAACCUCUGCCUCCUGGGUUCAAGUGAUUCUCCAGCCUCAGCCUCCCAAGUAGCUGGAAUUACAGGCAUGCACUACCACACAGGGCUAAUUUUUUUUUUUUGUUUGUUUUUUUUUUUUAGUAGAGAUAGGGUUUCUCCAUGUUGGUUAAGCUGAUCUUGAACUCUCUCAGGUGAUCUGCCCACCUCGGCCUCCCAAAGUGCUGGGAUUACAGGCAUGAGCCACUGUUCCCGGCCUUAAUUUUUGUAUUUUUAGUAGAGAUGAAGUUUCACCUUGUUGAUCAGGCUGGUCUCAAACUCCUGACUUCAGGUGAUCCACCCGCCUCGGCAUGCCAAACUGCUGGGAUUACAGGCGUGAGCCACCACACCCAGCCCCCUAAAGUCUUCAUUCAUUUCAGCAUUAACUCAAAAGUUCAUAGUCUAAUGUCUCAUCUGAGACAAGGCAAAUCCCUUCUGCCUAUGAUCCUGUAAAAUUAAGAGCAAGUUAGUUACUUCCUAGAUACAAUGGGGAUACAGGUAUUGGGUAAAUACGGUCAUUCCAAAUGGAAGAAAUUGGCCAAAACAAAAGGGCUACAGGCCCCAUACAAGUCAAAAUCCAGCAGGGCAUUGAUAUCUCAAAGUUCCAAAAUGAUCUUUGACUCCACAUCUCACAUACAGGUCAUGCUGAUGCAAGAGGUGGGUUUCCAUGGUCUUGCAGGACUUUGUAGGGUAUAGCCUCCCUCCUGGCUGCUCUCAUGGGCUGGCAUUUACUGUCUGAAGCUUUGCCAGGUGUGCAGUGCAAGCUGUCAGUGGAUCUAACAUUUUAGGGUCUGGAGGAUGGUGGCCCUCUUCUCAUGGGUCCACUAGGCAGCACCCCAGUGGGAACUCUGGGGGCACCCAUACCACAUUUCUUUCCUCACUGCCCUAGCAGAGGUUCUCCAUGAGGGACCCAUCCCUGCAGCAAACUUCUGCCUAGACAUCCAGGCAUUUCUAUACAUCCUCUGAAAUCUAAGCAGAGGUUCCCAAACCUCAAUUCUUGACUUCUUGACUUUUGUGUACCUUCAGGCUCAAUGCCAUGUGGAAGCUGGCAAGGCUUGAGGCUUGCAUCCUCUGAAGCCAUGGCCCAAGCUGUACCUUGGCCCCUUUUAGUCAUGGCUAUAAUAGCUGGGACACAGGGCACCAAGUCCCUAGACUGCACACAGCAGAGGGACCCUGGGCCCAGCCCACAAAACAAAUUUUUCCUUCUAGGCUUCUGGGCUUGUGUGGGAAGGGGCUGCCGUCCAGGUCUCUGACAUCCCCUGAAAAUGUUUUCUCCAUUGUCUUGGUGUUUACCAUUCAGCUCCUCAUUACUUAUGCAAAUUUCUGCAGUCAGCUUGAAUUUUUCCUCAGAAAAUGGGAUUUUCUUCUCUAUGGCAUUGUCAGGCUGCAAAUUUUCCAAACGUUUACUCUCUGGUUUUCUUAAAAACUGAAUGCCUUUAAUAGAACCCAAAUCACCUCUUGAAUGCUUUGCUGCUUACAGAUUUCUUCCAACAGAUAUCCUGAAUCAUUUCUCUGAAGUUCAAAUUUUCACAUAUCUUUAGGGCAGAGGCAAAAUGCCACCAGCCUCUUUGCUAAAACAUAGCAAGGGUCACCUUUGCUCCAGUUCCCAAGUUCCUCAUCUCUAUCUGAGACUACCUCAGCCUGGAUUUCAUUGUCCAAAUCAUUAUCUGUAUUUUGGUCAAAGCCAUUCGACAUGUCUCUAGGAGGUUCCAAACUUUCCCACAUUUUCCUGUCUUCUGAGCCCUCCAAAGUGAUUCAGCCUCUGCCUGUUACCCACUUCCAAAGUUGCUUCCACAUUUUUGGGUAUCUUUUCAGCAGUGCCCCACCCUUGGUACCAACUUACUGCUAUAUUAGUCCAUUUUCAUGCCGCUGAUAAAGCAAUGCCCGAGGCCAGGCGGGGUGGCUCUUGCCUGUAAUCCCAGCCCUUUAGGAGGCUGAGGUGGGCAGAUCACUUGAAGUCAGGAGUUUGAGACCAGUCUGGCCAACAUGAUGAAACCCUGUCUCCACUUAAAAAAAAAAAAAAAUUAGCCAGGCACAGCUGCAGGCACCUGUAAUUCCAGCUACUGGGGAGGCUGAGGCAGGAGAAUCACUUGAACUCAGGUCUCAGUGAGCCAAGAUCGCCCCACUGCUCUCCAGCCUAGGUGACAGAGUGAGACUCUGUCUUAAAAAAAAAAAAAAAGACAUGCUUGAGACUUAGCAAUUUAUAAAAGAAAGAGGUUGAAUGGACUCAUAGUUCCAUGUAGCUGGGGAAGCCUCAUAAUCAUGGCAGCAGGUGAAAGGUACAGUUCACAUGUACAAGACAAGAAUGAGACAACAGAUAAGAAUGAGAGCCAAGCAAAAGGGGUUUCCCCUUAUAAAACCAUCAGAUCCCAUGAGACUUAUUCAUGACCAUGAGAACAGUGUGGGGGAAACCACCCCAAUGAUUCAGUUAUCUCCCACUGUGUCCCUCCCACAACACAAGGGAAUUAUGUGAGCUACAAUUUGAGAUGAAAUUUCAAUGGGGACACAGCCAAACCAUAGUCCCAUCACUCUAGUCCAACCAUCAUCUCUCAUCUGGUCUUCUGUGAAGUCUCCUGAGCCACUCUGGCUCACUUCCAAUGCAAUCAGCAGCCAGGGAACACUUUCAAAAACAGUCAGAUUUUAUAAAUGUGACUGUCAUGUCCCUGAGGAGUGUCCAGGAGGCUGGAUGGAAAACGCCCUCAGCUUCUAGGAUUCUUAGGGUUGGGGGCCCAGUUGCAGCAGCUAAGGAGUUGGAAGUCAUCAUAGAGAGGCAGCAUCUAUAAGAAGUCAUUUCUCAGAGAAAUAUGUGGGAACCAGAGACAACAGCUCCUUUGGGGACUGAAGGUGGCUGGAAUGUGGAACAGGAGACCAAAGAAGCAAGAGUCCAGGAAACACCUGCCUGAAAGGAAUUACCUAGAACUUAAGAGCUGAAUGCAGCUGGGGGCAGCAUCCACAGGAAGAGAAGCUUUGAUGCCAGCCUCGACUUGGGUUUCUAGUUGAGCUCCCCCAUUCCCAAGGAAGCCGCUUUCCUCAGCUAUCAACUCAGGUGAUUAAAUGAGAAGCCAAAGACAUGACAUGCGCAAAAGAUCCUGAUAUCUUCAAUAAAUACUUUCAACCGGCAUUUGGUGACUAAUUUGUGCUCUGUGGGACAAGUACUAGGCAGAACCUGGACUAAAGGAUGAGAUCAACACUUUUAAAAAGAGAAAGAGGACAGAACUCUAUAUAAACUGCUUGGGCUCACUACCUCUAAGGAGGAGUGCUGACUGAAGACGGAAGUGUUUCAGGAACUGUAGAGCCAGAUCGUCAUCAUGCCUGCAUUGUGGCUGCUGCUGGGCCUUCUUGCCCUUGUGGAUUUGUCUGAAAGCAGCAACUGGGGAUGCUAUGGAAACAUUCAAACCCUGGACACCCCUGGAGCAUCUUGUAGGACUGGAAGACGUCAUGGCCUGAACUACUGUGGAGUUCGUGCUUCUGAAAGGCUGGCUGAAAUAGACAUGCCAUACCUCCUGAAAUAUCAGCCCAUGAUGCAAACCAUUAGCCAAAAGUACUGCAUGGAUCCUGCUGUGAUCGCUGGUGUCUUGUCCAGGAAGUCUCCCAGUGACAACAGUCUGGUCAACGUGGGUGAUAGGACUAGCUUGGUGCAGGACCCUGGCUCUUAUGCUCCCACUUCCUGGAUUAGUGAGUCUCAGGUUUCUCAGAUGACUGAGGUUCUGACUACUAGAAUCAAAGAAAUCCAGAGGAGGUUUCCAACCUGGACCCCUGACCAGUACCUGAGAGGUGGACUCUGUGCCUACAGUGGGGGUGCUGGCUAUGUCCGAAGCAGCCAGGACCUGAGCUGUGACUUCUGCAAUGAUGUUCUUGCACGAGCCAAGUACCUCAAGAGACAUGGCUUCUAACACCUCAGAUGAAACCCAAGAUCAUGAUCACAUAUGCAGCCUUGAAUGUUACACAGAUAAAACUAGCCAAGGGUGCCUGUAACUGGGAAUCUGAGUUUGACCUAAAAGUCAUCAAAAUAACAUCAGUCACAUUAAAAGAAGAAUUAUAACCUGCA